AAGGCAAUAAUUAUUAUUGUUUAAUUUAAUAUAUAUAUAUAAAGAAUUAAUAGCUUGCACCUUCGUGUGAAGUUUUCGUUCGUGGGUUUAAUUUAAUUUUUUUUUUUUUUUACAGAAGAAAAAAAAAAAACAGUUGCUAGGAUACGAUGCAACAUAUAACGUUACAGGCGGUUUUUAGAUCAAUAUUUUAUAGAGCAGCUUUCAGAUGCCAGGGGGAGAAAUGAGGCAUUUAGAGAACAUCAGACCUCCAAGAUCACGGGUGCUGUUAUGGGUUGAUCUGAAACACAGUGACAUGGAAGAGAUUGAGAAGAGCAAUUCCAUACCAGAGAUCGAAAGGAUUUUGUGCCGUGCCUUAUUGGCUUCAGAUGUGGCUCAGCCAAAACAGAGAGUACUACUGGAGCUGUACACAAAUCAUGUGUUGUUCUGCAAAGAGCAACAUUUUAACAGGGAACAAACUUCUGUACUUAUUUCUAUUAUCAAAAACGUACAUCAGUUUAACACAGAAACGCCCCUCAAUAACACAGAUCACUGUUUGACCUACUGCAGUGAACUUCUGCUUUGCCAUUCAGUCAGGAGGCCUCCUUUCAGUAUUGACCUUUUCAGCUCGGAGCAAGUGACACAAAUUUUGUCCUAUUUCAUCAACACAUAUAUGAGACAUUAUUUUUUCUACAAAUAUAUUUUUACCCCAGAGGUACAGCUGGAUAUAUCUUUGUCAUAUAUUGGAAUACCUGAGGAUACAGAUAUAGAGGAAACUGCCCAAACUGAAAGUGUUGCAGAUGGCAAAAGAGAAACUGAGAGGGAGACAGAACUGGAUGGAGAAGUUCAACAAAGUGCUGCACUGGAAAUGACAGCUACAGAGACAGACAGCCUCGAACAAGGGUCUUCUCCAAAGUCUGAGCUAAGGACCAUCGUUCAAAAGGAAGUGAGGGAUGAAGUGAUGCGUUUGACUGCUCAGCUACAACAACGGCUCCAGGACAGUGCUGAUCAGCUAAAUAAUGCCAUUAGUAAACUGGAGACCAACAUUCAAGUUAAGAAGUAAGAAAAUAUGU